AUGCCAGAAACCAGUGAAUGUCCACUUUCGACUAGUGAAGAUGAAAUGGGUAAACAAGGACGGUCAAGUAGUUCAGCAUCUGAAAAUCGUGCAACAAUGGUUACAUAUUGGAAACGUAAUUCAAACCCAAAUCUUCAAAGUAUGAUGCUUGAUACAAAUGCUGAUAAAAUUAAUCAAUUUGAAUAUCCUGAAAUACUCGAAUGUUUACCUGAUCUUGAUGGUAAACGUAUACUUGAAUUGGGAGCUGGUAUUGGACGUUUUACAAAACGAUUUGCUCAAUUAGCUAAAUCUGUUGUUGCUGUUGAUUUUAUGGAAAGUUUUUUAGAAAAAAAUAGAGAAGAAAAUAGUCAUUAUGGUACAGUGGAAUUUUUACAUAAAGAUGCAACACAAUUAUCAUUUGAACCAAAUAGCUUUGAUAUUGUCUUUAGCAAUUGGCUUUUCAUGUAUCUUUCGGAUGAAGAAACUGAACAACUUUUACAAAAAAGUCUUUCAUGGCUUACACCAGGCGGAACAUUGUUUUUUCGUGAAUCCUGCUUUCAUUCUUCAGGAAAUAUCAAACCUGAUGAAAAUCCAACAUAUUAUCGUUCACCACGACAAUAUAUUGAUAUAUGUCAAUCACGCUUAUUAAAUGGUACACCUGAACAUCCACAUGAUCAAGUUUAUGAACUUAUUUUUGCUAAAGCAUUGGAAUCAUAUUAUGAAAUAAAAAAUAAUAAUAAUCAAGUUUGCUUUCUAUUUUUAAAAACAAAUUUACAAAAUCUUCAUGGUUAUAAAACAUUACAAGAUUUUCUUGAUCACUCUGAAUAUGCUCUUAAAAGUAUACAAAAAUAUGAAUCUGUACGUGGAGAAGGUUAUGUUACUAUUGGUGGUGCUGAAUUAACAGGACAACUUAUAAAACGACUUAAUUUAACAUCAUCACAACGUUUAUUAAAUUUUGGUAGUGCAACUGGUGGAAGUUCAUUUCAAAUUUCUCAAGAUUAUGGUUGUGAAAUUGUCGGUGUAGAUAUUUCAGCUAACAUGAUCGGCAUUGCAUGGGAUCGCGCUUUAUCGUAUAAAGGACAUCGAAUUCGUUUUGAAGUUGGUGAUGGUACAAAAAUGAGAUUUGCACCAUCAAAAUUUGAUGCUAUUUAUAGUCGUGAUGUCAUGUUUCAUGUUUCGGAUAAAACAGCAUUACUUAAUAAUUUUUAUACAUGGCUUAAACAUGGUGGUCGUUUAUUAAUUACUGAUUUCUGUUGUGGUAAUACACCAUUUUCACAAGAUCUUAUUGAUUAUGCACGUUCUGGCAUGUAUACUAUAACACCCAUACAAGAAUAUGCUGAACUUUUUGAAAAAUGUGGUUUUAUUGAAGUACAUGUAGAAGAUCGUUCUGAUUUAUAUCAACAAUAUUGUCAAAAUGAAAUUGAAAUUGCUGAAAAAAAUCGAAUGAAUCCGAAUUCUAAAUUAACUCGUCAAGAGCGAGAUGAAUGUGUUCGACAAUGGAAAUUAAAAUAUUCUUUAACAAACUCAGGCCAACGUCGUUGGUGUAUUUUUGAAGCAGUCAAACCAUCAGUUUCAUUUUAUGAAGAUGAGAAUAAUGACCAAUAA